ACAAGCAACCCAGCGGCAGCCAUCCCAUAUGUAUUCGCUCCUCCGUGGAUCCCAAGAACCUGUGUUCAAAAGUCUCUUCCCGCGUCCGUCCUCGCCCAGGCUUCCUGCUCAGGCGCGUUAACCAGCUUGACUCCUGGAUACCAGACACGAACGAUGAGGUUUCUGCGUGCUGCUGGAUGUCCCCUAAAUGUGGACGUGCCGGGCUUCCCACGGAGUCUGCAUGGGGACUGUACAAGGAGGGGAUGAUGGGCGUGGGGGAGGCCCCUCAGGUCACAGCGUUAAGGGCUGAAGCCUCCUUGCUCUCCAGUCCAGAGACAUCUUCCCAGUUCCCAAAGAUGAGCAAGUUGGACACGGGUCCAUGCCACCUGCCCCAAGAGAGCAAGACUAAGACCCCAGACUGUGCUCCAGCCGAGGCCUCAGCUCAGGCCCAGGACCACUCCCCAACCCACACUCCUGUGUGCACCCCAACCCACCCCUGGACCCACUCCGCAGACCACACCGCUGUGCACACCUCUGCCCACUCCUGGACCCACUCCAAGGCCCGCACCCCUGAGGGCACCCACUCCCAGGCCCAGGACACCUCAGCCCAGGCCCAAGCCCACACCUCUGCCCCUACCCCAGCUCAGAUGCCAGCCCACAUCCAAGUUCACACCCCAGCCCUUACACCAGCCCAGGCCUCAGCUCACACUAAAGCCCAUACGUCAGCCCAGGCCCAAACCCACUCUCCGCCCCACACCCCUGAGCAUACUCACUCCCAGGCCCACAGCCCUGAACACACCUCAGCCCAUGCCCCAGCCCACUCCCCAGCCCAGACUCCUAUGCCUGUCCCAGCCCACCCCCAGGCCCACGCCCCUGAGUAUACCUCCGCCCAUGCCCCAGCGUAUAUCCCAGACCACUCUCAUCUAGUCUGCAACUCGGUUCCUGUCCCAGACUCUACCCCAGCUCCUUCCGGAACUCUUGCCCCAGCCACUACUCCUGUCCUAGCUCCAACACCAGCCCCUGUCCCAGCCUCUGUCCCCACUCCUGCUCCAGCACUGGUCAUGGCCCUGACUACCACUCCUGUCCCUGCUCCUGUCCCUGCUCCUGUCCCUGCCACCACCCCUGCCCCCGUCAUAACUCCUACACCCUCUACCCCACCUGCCUUCAGCCAUGACCUCUCCACUGGCCAUGUGGUCUAUGAUGCCCGCAGGGCGAAGCAGAAUUUCUUCCAUGUGUCCAGCCCCCAGAACCCUGAGUAUUCAAGAAAAGACUUGGCUACCCUCUUCAGGCCCCGAGAGGGUCAGGACCUGCCCAAAGCGAUAGAACUGCAUGGCUUCCGCAGUCUGGGGGAGUGCCCCCUGGUGGGGCCCGCCGCCCCCGGCCCCAGCUCGGCCGCUCACGGACAUCGACUUCUGCUCCGGGGCGCAGCUGCAGGAAUUGACCCAGCUGAUCCAGGAGCUGGGUGUGCAGGAGAGCUGGAGUGACGGGCCCAAGCCGGGAGCCGAUCUCCUCCGGGCCAAGGACUUUGUCUUCUCUUUGCUUGGUCUAGUUCACCGCCGGGACCCUCGCUUUCCUCCCCAGGCAGAGCUCUUGCUGCUUCGUGGUGGGAUUCGCGAGGGCUCCCUGGAUCUGGGGCAUGCACCCCUGGGUCCCUACGCCCGGGGACCUCACUACGAUGCCGGCUUCACACUCCUAGUGCCCAUGUUUUCACUGGACGGCACUGAACUGCAACUGGACCUGGAAUCAUGUUACGCACAGGUCUGCCUCCCAAAGAUGGUGUGCGGAACCCCCAUCCGGGAGAUGUGGCAGGAUUGCUUAGGACCCCCAGUCCCAGGAGCACGUGAUUCGAUCCACCGAACGGAGAGCGAAGAAAGUUCCAAGGACUGGCAAAGCUCUGUAGACCAGCCGCACAGCUACGUCACUGAGCACGAGUCGCCAGUGUCUUUGGAAAAAUCACCUAGUGAUGUUUCAGCGUCCGAGUCGCCUCAGCAUGACGUCGUCGACCUUGGCUCUACCGCACCUUUGAAAACAAUGAGUAGUGACGUCACCAAGGCAGCCGUCGAAAGCCCAGUCCCAAAGCCGUCGGAGGCUCGGGAAGCGUGGCCCACAUUAUGUUCCGCCCAGGUGGCUGCCUGGUUCUUUGCUACGCUGGCGGCGGUCGCCGAGUCUCUGAUCCCUGUCCCGGGUGCUCCGCGUCUGGUGCACGCAGCUCGCCACGCGGGUUUCACCACCGUCCUCCUGGCUACCCCUGAGCCCCCUCGCCGCCUCCUGCUCUUCGACCUGAUCCCAGUGGUGUCCGUGGCGGGCUGGCCCGAGGGGGCUCGGAGCCACUCGUGGGCUGGUCCGCUGGCCUCUGAGUCGGCUUCCUUCUACCUGGUGCCCGGUGGCGGCGCCGAGCGGCCGUGCGCCUCCGCCUGGCAGCUCUGUUUCGCCCGCCAGGAGCUGGCGCUCAAAGCGCGCAUACCAGCGCCGCUGCUGCAGGCGCACGCGGCGGCCCAGGCGCUACUGCGCCCGCUGGUGGCCGGGACCCGGGCGGCGGCGCCCUACCUCCUGCGGACGCUGCUGUACUGGGCGUGCGAGCGGCUGCCUGCGCUCUACCUGGCGCGGCCGGAAAAUGCGGGCGCCUGCUGCCUCGGGCUGCUAGACGAGCUGGGCCGAGUGCUCGAGGCCGGGACGUUGCCUCACUAUUUUCUGAACGGCCGACAGCUCCGUGCGGGGGGCGACUCCGCUGCGCUGCUCGGAGAAUUGGCCCGGCUCCGCGGGGACCCUGCCCGGGCCCUCCGUGCCGCGGUGGAGGAGGCCAAAGUGGCCCGCAAGGGGGGCGGUUUGGCGGGCGUGGGGGGCGGGGCCCAUUAAAGACGCUGUUCCUACCA